AUGGCACCCCAAACGGGUAUCACUCUGGAGGCCCGCCGUCUCGUGUCUGUCCUGAGGGACCUCCAGAGUGCCUGCUCCCCCUCCCUUACCAGCCUUGAUAAAGUAUUUGCGGUUCUUCAUGGAGCCAUCGAUGGCGAUCGAAAGCUUUAUUUCAAGAGUGAGCUGAGAGUUCAGAGCAGUGUUGUGUCUCAGGACUACAGGGUGAACAUCUUCCUCCGGCAGAAGUGGAACGACCCUCGGCUGGCCUACAGCGAGUAUCCCGACUCCUCUCUGGAUCUGGACCCGUCCAUGCUGGACUCCAUCUGGAAACCAGACCUGUUCUUCGCCAACGAGAAGGGAGCCAACUUCCACGACGUCACGACGGAAAACAAGCUCCUGAGGAUCUUCAAGGAUGGGACCGUCCUGUACAGCAUCAGGCUGACGUUAAUAUUGUCCUGUCCGAUGGAUCUGAAGAACUUCCCGAUGGAUGCACAGACCUGCACCAUGCAGCUGGAGAGCUUCGGCUACACGAUGAACGACCUGAUCUUCGAGUGGCUUGAGAAAGGUCCGGUGCAGGUCGCCGAGGGUCUGACGUUACCGCAGUUCAUCAUCCGAGACGAGAAGGAGCUCGGCUUCUGCACCAAACACUACAACACAGGGAAGUUCACGUGCAUCGAGGUGAAGUUCCAUCUGGAGCGGCAGAUGGGAUAUUACCUGAUCCAGAUGUACAUCCCCAGCCUCCUCAUCGUCAUCCUCUCCUGGGUCUCCUUCUGGAUCCACAUGGACGCGGCUCCGGCGCGGGUCGCGCUCGGCAUCACCACCGUCCUCACCAUGACCACACAGAGCUCCGGCUCACGAGCCUCGCUGCCCAAGGUUUCUUAUGUGAAGGCUAUAGACGUCUGGAUGGCGGUGUGUUUGCUGUUCGUCUUCGCCGCUCUGCUGGAAUACGCCGGCGUUAACUUCGUCUCCAGACAGCAGAAGGAGUUUCUGCGGCUCAGACGAAGACAAAGACGAAAUCAAAAGGAAUUACAGGACGGCCGGCUGCAUCUCUCCGGAGAUAACACCUGCGUGAAGGACACGGACCUGAGCCGGAAGAAGUUUGUGGACCGAGCGAAGAGGAUCGACACCGUCUCGCGCGCCGCCUUCCCGCUGGCCUUCCUCAUCUUCAACAUCUUCUACUGGAUCACCUACAAGAUCAUCCGACACGAGAAGCCCUGAACACUGUCCCGGCAGCAUCGCAAUAUCUGACCAGCUUUUUAUGGAAGACGCUGUUUUAAUACGAUUGUCUUUUG